AGAGGCUUGAUCAUGAGUUCUUAAACAAGCUGACUGGUCUUUAGACAUGUUGCAUCUAGACUGCACUCUAGAGAUUAGUUAUCAGCUUUAUGGCUGCAAUGGCUAUAUAUAUUCAUCUCCCAAUUUCAUAAUCGGCAACACAAUCAUUAGUUGAUAGUUAGCUUCAGUACAGUCUUUCUUGUGUAUACCAAACAGCUUUGAGCAAAUACUUUACCUGGUUACUUGAGAUAUAAUUGAGGCGAAACUUGUGUAGUGAAACAUGGGCUUAAUGCACAUUCUAAAUCUGUUUUCUGUUCUGAGUUUACAAUUAUUGGCAAUCUCUGCCAAUUUGGAGACAUACAUUGUUCAUGUUGAGUUACCUGAAUCUUACGCUCAACUGUCCACCGCUAGUAUUUCAAGCCCAAAUGAAGAUUUAGAUAGAUGGUACAAUUCUUUCUUGCCAACAACAAUUGCAAGCACAAAUGAAGCACAAAGAAUGGUGUAUUGUUAUCACAAUGUUUUCAAAGGAUUUUCUGCCAAAUUAUCAGCUGAGGAUGUCAAAGUAAUGGAAAAGAAGCCUGGUUUUCUAUCAGCUCGGCCCCAGAGGAUGCUGUCUUUGCAUACAACUCACAGUCCUAUCUUUCUGGGGCUGCAUCAGAACUCGGGAUUUUGGAGGGAGUCCAAUUAUGGAAAGGGUGUCAUCAUUGGAGUCCUGGACACUGGAAUUGAGCCAAACCACCCUUCAUUCAGUGAUGAAGGAAUGCCUCCACCUCCUGCUAAAUGGAAGGGAAAGUGUGAAUUCAAUACCCCAGUUUGCAAUAAAAAAUUGAUUGGAGCUAGAUUUUUCCAGGAUGGAAAUGGCUCUCCAGCUGAUGAGAGUGGCCAUGGAACUCACACAGCAGGCACAGCUGCAGGAAACUUUGUCAAGGGGGCCAAUGUAUUUGGAAAUGCCAAUGGCACUGCUGUCGGUGUUGCCCCUCAUGCUCACUUGGCAAUCUACAAAGUAUGUACUACUGGCUGUUCUGAGAGUGAUAUAUUGGCUGCAAUGGACGUUGCUAUCGACGAUGGCGUUGAUAUUCUUUCCCUCUCCCUCGGUGGAAGUUCGGUACCAUUUCACAAUGACAACAUAGCUCUCGGUGCAUAUAGUGCAAUGGAAAAAGGCAUCUUGGUGAGCUGCUCAGCAGGAAAUAAUGGUCCUUUUGGUUCCACUCUGUCCAAUGAUGCGCCAUGGAUUCUUACUGUUGGCGCAAGCACUAUUGACAGACAGAUAAGGGCAACUGCUGUGCUUGGAAACAAGAAGGAGCUAGAUGGCCAGUCUCUAUAUCAGCCUAAAGAUUUUCAUCCAAGAUUGUAUCCUUUGUUUUACCCUGGCCUAAACCAGAGUGAUACUGAUGCUGAUCGGUACUGCACUGAAGCAUUGCUGAACAUCACACAAGUCAAAGGAAAAAUAGUGAUAUGUGAAGUAGGUCUCAUACCUCCAACCAGUAAGGGAACAAAUGUUAAGGCUGCUGGUGGUGUAGGCAUGAUCAUGAUUAAUUCGGAACAAGAGGGUUACACUACACGGGCCGAUGCUCAUGUUCUUCCAGCCACAAAUAUCAAUUACGCUGAUCGACUUAAACUCAUUGCCUAUCUUGAGUCAACUAGUUCACCCGUAGCUACAUUCUCAUUCAAAGGAACUAUCAUUGGAGAUAGUCACGCUCCUGCAGUUGCUUCCUUCUCCUCCAGAGGUCCGAGCUAUUCUAGUCCUGGAAUCUUGAAACCAGACAUAAUUGGCCCUGGUGUAAACAUUCUUGCUGCCUAUCAUGAAUCAGUCGAAAACAGCACCAACACAAAAGCCAACUUUCACGUACUCUCAGGCACUUCAAUGUCUUGCCCUCACCUCAGUGGUGUCGCGGCAUUACUGAAAAGUGCACACCCCGAUUGGUCUCCAGCGGCAAUUAAGUCCGCGAUGAUGACCACUGCUGAUCUUGUGAACCUUGCCCAGAAUCCCAUCGAGGAUGAAAAGCACCUUCCAGCCGACCUUUUCACCAUGGGCUCAGGCCAUGUUAAUCCAGCGAGAGCAAACAAUCCAGGACUCAUUUAUGACAUUGAACCAAAAGAUUACAUCCCUUAUUUGUGUGGUUUGAAUUAUUCAGACUGGGAAGUUGGCAGAAUUUUACAACGCAAGGCAAAUUGCAAGGCUGAAUCAAGAAUAUCCGAGACACAAUUGAACUAUCCUUCAUUCUCAAUUGUAGUUGGAUCAACAAUUCAGAAGUAUACAAGGACAGUCACUAACGUUGGCGACGCUAACUCAAUCUACAGAGUCAAGAUUGAUCAGCCGGGAGGUGUCAAUGUGACAGUCAAACCAAGAAUUCUAAGUUUCUCAAAGGUGAACCAGAAGUUGAGCUAUGAAAUUACAUUUACUCCAUUAUCGCCCUACAAAACUCCAUCUGAUGGAUCUCUUACAUGGACAUCAGCAAAAUACUCAGUCAGAAGCCCAAUUGCAGCGCAACCGGAGGUUGUAACAUCAGCAUAGAGAUCUAUGUCAGCGUUAUUUGUUUUCUCAUUUUUGUUUUUGGGCAGUAAUUAUUCUGUCUUAUUCGUGCAUGUUUGACUAUAAGUCAUUGAUGGAGAUUGUAUUCUCUAUGUACCUUAUCCUAAUUGUGAUUACAAGUUCCAUAUGUUGUAAGUGUGUCAUUUUCUUGAUCAUAUAAUAAUCUACAAUUUUGUUUUUAAUCA